UAUGGAUCAACACGUCACACCGUUCUGACUUCACCAAGUCAAGUUAACAACUAUUUCGUUGCCUCUUCACAUUUUGGAAUCCAUUGGAAGAUCACAGAGAAGAAGAAAGAGAAGAAACCAUGGCGGAAGAAGAGAAAAGCGUGAAGAAGCAAGUGAUGGUGGCGAUUGAUGAAAGCGACUGCAGCAAACACGCUCUCAAAUGGACGCUCGAGUAUCUCAAGGAUAGUAUCGCCGAUUCCGAUAUAAUCCUCUUCACCGCUCAACCUCCACUUGAUCUCAGCUUUGUUUAUGCUUCCUCUUAUGGAGCAGCUCCGAUUGAGCUUAUAGACUCAAUGAAAGAGAAUCAUAAGAACGCUGGAUUGAAUCGGCUUGCUGUAGGAACCAAAAUUUGUGCUGAGAUGGGGGUUACUCCAAGGAAGGUGAUGGAAUUUGGAAAUCCUAAAGAAGCGAUAUGUGACGCUGCUGAGAAGCUUGGUGUUGAUUUGCUUGUAGUUGGAAGCAAUGGUAAAGGAGCAAUACAGAGGACUUUCCUUGGAAGUGUUAGCAAUUACUGUGUUAACCAUGCUAAGUGUCCAGUUCUUGUGGUGAGAACAAAGCCUUGAAGAACUCGUCUCUUGACAGAGAUUGAGAUCCCUUGCGUGAUGUAUGUGUUGUAUACGUAUUGUGAUAAUGAUGCUCUAUUUGAUUACUACUGUUUGAAGAAACUCUGUGGGUACUUUUUGUUUAUUUUGUUUGAUAAAUAAAGAGCUUUGCUGUA